CGGGCGGGCAGUGGCGGGAGCCUCGCUGUGAACCCGAGGAAGCCAUGAACCUGGACCUGGAGCGGCUGAGGAGACGCGUCAAGCAGUACAUUGACCAGCAACAGUACCAGAGUGCUCUCUUCUGGGCAGACAAGGUUGCUUCACUAUCGCACGAGGAACCUCAAGAUAUUUACUGGCUAUCGCAGUGCCUUUACCUUACGGCCCAGUACCAUAGAGCAGCCCACGCUAUCCGAUCACGGAAGCUAGAUAAGUUAUAUGGAGCUUGCCGGUAUUUUGCUGCCAGAUGUCAUUAUGCAGCUAAGGAGCAUCAGCAAGCCCUUGACAUCCUUGAUAUGCAUGAACCAAUCAACAAGAAGAUAUUGGAAAAGAACACAAAAGAUGACAACAAGCUGAAAGAAUCAUCCAUCGACUGGGGCUUGUCUUCAUCUUCGAUCAAGAGCUCCAUUUGCCUUUUACGAGGGAAGAUCUAUGAUGCCAUGGACAACCGACCCCUGGCCACUGACAGCUACAGAGAAGCUUUGAAGCUUGAUGUAUGUUGCUUUGAAGCUUUUGACCUAUUGACGUCACACCACAUGCUGACAGCACAGGAAGAAAAAGAGCUCCUCGAAUCAUUACCUCUCAGUAAGCAAUGCACAGAUGAAGAAAGUGAAUUACUGCAUUUCCUAUAUGAAAACAAAUUGAAAAAGUAUAAUAAACCCAGUGAAACAUUAAUUCCUGAGUCAGUGGAUGGUCUACAGGACAACCUGGAUGUAGUGGUGUCUGUAGCAGAGAGAAACUACUACAACUGUGACUUUAAGACGUGUUACAAACUCACUUCGAUGGUCAUGAACAAAGAUCCGUACCAUGCUGUCUGUCUUCCUGUACACAUUGGAACACUCGUGGAACUGAACAAAGCUAACGAACUGUUUUAUCUCGCACACAAAUUGGUGGAUUUGUACCCCAAUAAUCCUGUAUCUUGGUUUGCUGUAGGCUGUUAUUACCUCAUGGUUGGCCACAAAAAUGAACACGCUCGAAGAUAUCUCAGUAAAGCCACGACUCUGGAGAGGACCUAUGGGCCUGCAUGGAUCGCUUAUGGACAUUCUUUUGCGGUGGAAGGAGAGCAUGACCAGGCCAUGGCGGCUUACUUCACAGCGGCCCAACUAAUGAAAGGGUGCCAUUUACCAAUGUUGUAUAUUGGACUUGAAUACGGUCUGACAAAUAACUCUAAACUGGCAGAACGUUUUUUCAGCCAAGCUUUGAGCACUGCACCAGAAGACCCUUUUGUACUUCAUGAGAUGGGAGUGGUGGCCUUCCAAAAUGCAGACUGGAAGACAGCAGAGAAAUAUUUUCUGGAUGCAUUAGAAAAAGUGAGAGCGAUUGGAAAUGAGGUAACUGUUGAUAAAUGGGAACCACUAAUGAAUAACCUAGGACACGUAUGUAGGAAACUCAAGAAGUAUGAGGAAGCACUGGAUUAUCAUCACCAAGCUCUAGUUCUGAUUCCCCAGAACGCCUCUACAUACUCUGCUAUAGGUUAUGUACUGAGUCUAAUGGGUAAUUUUGAGAGUGCCAUUAACUAUUUUCACACGGCCCUUGGUCUCAGGAGAGAUGAUACCUUUUCAGUUACAAUGCUUGGCCAUUGCAUAGAGAUGUACAUUGGGGAUGCAGAUGCUUAUAUUGGAACCGAGAUAAAGGAGAAGUUUGGAUGUUAUGAACUUGACAUGUCAACAUUGAAAGCGCCAGUGAUCAGGAAAAUGAUUUACCCAUCGUGGGAUGUGCGAGAGUUUGAUAAUGAUUUUGAAAGGCAACCUCUGGAAGAAAGUGGAAUCAUGGCAUUGGACACCUCGCCUCAAACAGGGAAAUUAGCAGAUCCUGGGACUCAGCCAGAGGAAACAUCUCACUUCAGUGAAAUGGAGAUGAAUGAAAGUGACAUGAUGUUAGAAACUUCACUGUCUGACCAUAGUACAUGAAUGAUCACACAUGAUCAAGAAUUUUAAACAUUUCCCUGUCUUGUAACAAGUUUACUGCUCUGACGUUUGCAAAUGUUUCUGUUUAUUGCAGAACUGAAUUAGAACUGACAGAUAUUGAGCCAGUGUCAGUACCGUGCCUGGGGUGGGGGUUGUUAGAAGUGAGGCCCCACAUCUUCAGCGGUUGUUCAAUAGUAGUAAAUUUAGCAAAGGAUGAUUAAUUAGGGAUAUUUAAUGAUCUCAUGGUAUUGUGUAAAUAACUGAGUUUAAAAAAGUAAUCAAGUAAUUUUUCAAAUAUUGCAAAGGGUUGUUCAUUGUAUUAAAAUCUCAAAAUCA